GAAGAAGCCGUGCUGCUCAUGCGCGUUCUGUUCACUUGCACGCCCGCCGUGGUGGGAUCUUCCAGGGGUUUCAGAACCUUGUCACUGACCGGCGAAGCCCUCGGAGCAUUUGGCAGAAAUGUCUAACGCAAAGGAGAGAAAACAUGCUAAGAAAAUGAGAAGCCAGCCCAGUAAUGUGACUCUGUCCUCCGGCUUUGUGACUGAGAGAGAUGGAAAGCGCCAUUUUGGGGGGAAACCUUCCCAAUCUCAGAAACAAGAGCUUCAUUCUGGAACCUCACGGCAGUGGCAGAUCAAGAUGAGCCCCCACUUACUUCCCGAGUCUGAUGCGAAUGAGCAGUCUUCCUCCAAAACCAUGUUUAGGAAAAAGGGAGGCUGGAAAGCAGGUCCUGAGGGCACUUCUCAGGAGAUCCCCAAAUAUAUAACCGCUUCUACCUUUGCUCAAGCACGAGCUGCCGAGAUCAGUGCCAUGUUAAAAGCUGUGACCCAGAAGUCCUCUAACUCCCUGGUUUUCCAGACUCUUCCACGGCACAUGCGGCGAAGAGCCAUGAGCCACAACGUCAAACGCCUUCCUAGACGGUUGCAGGAGAUGGCCAAAAAGGAGGCUGAGAAAGCCGCUCAUCAGAAAAAAGAACAUUCGAAAAAUAAAUGCCACAAAGCCCGAAGAUGUCACAUAAACCGGACCCUGGAGUUUAACCGCAGACAACAGAAGAAUAUAUGGUUAGAGACUCAUAUCUGGCACGCCAAACGGUUUCAUAUGGUGAAGAGGUGGGGUUACUGUCUCGGGGAGAGGCCCACGGCCAAGAGCCACCGAGCCUGCUAUCGAGCUAUGACAGACCUCUGCCUCCUACAGGAUUUAUCAUAUUACUGUUGUUUGGAGUUGAAGGGCAAAGAGGAAGAAAUACUGAAGGCACUUUCUCAAAUGUGCAGCAUAGACACAGGACUGACUUUUGCUGCAGUUCACUGCUUGUCUGGGAAGCGGCAAGGGAGCCUCAUGCUUUACCGGGCGAAUAAGUAUCCCAGAGACAUGCUUGGGCCCGUUACCUUCAUCUGGAAGUCUAGGGAGACCCCAGGGGACGCCUCUGAGGAAAGGCAGCUGUGGAUCUGGCUUCACCCAACUCUUAAGCUGGCUGUCCUAGAGGAAAUAAAAACGACGUGCCAGUGUUCAGAACCCGUCAAGCCAAGUAUCUGUGUGCCUGACCCACUCCUGACACCAGCCCAGGAAGGCAUUCAGGCAGGAGUAGCUGAUGACAAAAUCGGCAAGAAAAGAAAAAGGAGAGAUGAUGGGGAAAAUGCUAGACGAGCGAAGAAGACCAUUGGUGACGGGACAGGAGAUCCCUGCCAGCCACGGUCGUGGCUCUCUCCCACUACAGGGAUCGUAGUCAGUGACUUGACCAUGGAGAUGAACAGGUUCCGGCUGGUCGGCCCUCUUUCGCACUGUAUCCUGACUUCAGCACUGAGGGCUGCUCCUGUACACAGAGUUUUAGCCUGUCUCCUGCACUCUGCACUCCAUCUGGAACCUUCCCCUGCUCUGGUUAUCUUGCUUGCCUCUUGUUUCUGUUGCAUCUGCACAUUCCUCCGUUUACAGGGUGAGGAGGAUGCAGAGGAGACACCGCAUGGCUGGUGGACUGACACGUGCAGGAGCCCUGAUGGCCUUUCUCUUCACCAGAGACAAGAAGCAGUGUUUCAGUUGUUGGGAGGGAUAUCGUCACCGGCAGAAAUUCCAGCAGGUACUAUUCUGGGAUUGACAGUCAGGGACCCGAGAGUAAAUUUGCCUCCACAGCGGUGCAGAGCUUUGCCUGAUCCAGAACGAUACCACGACAAUGAGCAAGUUAAGCAGCUGCUUCUGGAGGGUGCGCCUGUGGAGUGUGCACACAGCUUCAUCUGGAACCAGGAUAUCUGCCAGAGCGUCACAGAGAACAAAAUCGUGGACCAGGAUUUAAACCGCAUGAGAAGCGAAUUGCUGGUGCCCGGAUCGCAGCUUGUUUUAGGGGCUCGUGAAUCCAAGAUACCUAUACUUCUGAUUCAGCAGCCGGGAAAAGUGACUGGCGAAGACCGACUGGGCUGGGGCAGUGGCUGGGACAUCCUCCUUCCCAAGGGCUGGGGCAUGGCCUUUUGGAUUCCAUUUAUCUACCGAGGUGCAAGGGUUGGUGGAUUAAAAGAGGCUGCAGUGCACUCUCAGUACAAACGGUCACCUAAUGUCCCAGGCGACUUCCCAGACUGUCGUGCUGGUGUUCUCUUCGCUGAAGACCAAGCUAAGGACCUUCUAGAGAAGUACCAAAGACGCCCCCCUGCUAAGAGGCCCAACUAUGUCAAGCUUGGCACAGUGGCUCCUUUCUGUUGUCCCUGGGAACAGCUCACUCGGGACUGGGAGUCCAGGAUUCAGACCCGAGAAGCAGCUGUCAUAGAUUCAGUGCCUGGUGCUCAAGAGACUGGCCCAAGAAGGCUUGGAGUGCCUCGUGUCCCCAAAGAGACCUGCCAGCUAUCGAAUGAGGCAAGCGUAGCUGAAAACCAACCUAGGAAGCCGGAAGGCUGUCAAGCUCAGGCGGGGACUGAGGCGGCCCUGGAACAGAAUGCCAGUGAGGACCACGCGGCUGCCACAGGUAGCCAGCUCUGUGUUGUUCGGAGUAGGAAACUACUGAAGCAACUCUCUUCCUGGUGUGGGCCCAGUUCUGAGGUCAGGAGGGCUCCCUGCAGAGGCCAGCAAGAACUGACCAGAAAGGCCUGCUUGUCCAUUCUGGCUGAUUUCCCCAGAGCGCUGGUGUGGGUCAGCUUGUCCCUGCUCAAGAAGGGCAGCCCAGAGCCACACACCAUGAUCUGUGUCCCAUCCGAGGAGGACUUGAUCCAGCUCAGUCAGGAUCAGUGUUACCAUGGACCCUGCGAAUCCAGACACAGCGACCCAUUUAAAAGCUUGAUUCUGAAGGAGAAAGAAAAGAAAAAGAAGGAGAAGAGGCAAGAUGGGGAGCAGGGGGCCUCCAAGGGCCGGGCAGCAGGGGCACCUACAGCUGGGCAGGAGGCUUGGAUUCAGGGGCUGUGGUCAGGCCCCCUUCCGGGGCUGACUUCACACUGCUCCAGGCCCCUCCUGGGCUUCGUGACACAUGGAGAUUUCUCUAUGGCUGUUGGCUGUGGAGAAGCCUUAGGGUUUGUUAGUGUGACCGGCUUGCUGGAAAUGUUGUCUAGCCAGUCAGCAGCCAUGAGGGGCCUGGUCCUGCUGCGGCCUCCGACCACGCUGCAAUACAGGUUUGCUAGAGUUACCAUUGAGGUGUGAAUUCGAGUUUACACCCUUAACUUAGAUUCUAACUAUUUUUGUCAAAUUCCAAAGAGAGUCUUGGCUGUCUCGGUCACCUGAAUUAAAAUACAAUGUGGAACUGCUUGGAAAACAAGAAUUAAAAUUAUAUAAUUAUGUGGAUAACGAUCUGUUUAUAGUCUGAAUCUUCUCCUGUCGUGGGGAUAUGCCGAAUUGUUUAACAUGCUAGCUGAACACUCUGUAUUAAACAUUUUACAGUCA